CUGAAGGACGGCCAACUCCUACUAUUGAAUGGUACAAAGAUGGAGAGCGAGUGGAAACUGACAAAGAUGAUCCUCGCUCCCACCGUAUGCUGCUGCCUAGCGGAUCUUUAUUUUUCUUACGUAUUGUGCAUGGACGCAGGAGUAAACCUGAUGAAGGAAGUUAUGUUUGUGUAGCAAGGAACUAUCUUGGAGAAGCUGUGAGUCGCAAUGCAUCUCUGGAAGUGGCAUUGCUACGAGAUGACUUCCGCCAAAACCCUACGGAUGUUGUGGUGGCAGCUGGAGAACCUGCAAUACUGGAGUGUCAGCCACCUCGUGGGCACCCUGAGCCUACCAUCUACUGGAAAAAAGAUAAAGUCCGUAUUGAUGACAGGGAAGAGCGGAUCAGUAUACGUGGUGGGAAGCUAAUGAUCUCCAAUACACGAAAAAGUGAUGCUGGCAUGUACACUUGCGUUGGAACCAACAUGGUGGGGGAACGAGACAGUGAUCCAGCAGAGCUGACUGUCUUUGAGCGGCCCACGUUUCUCAGGCGACCAAUCAACCAGGUGGUGCUGGAGGAGGAGGCCGUGGAUUUCCGGUGCCAGGUGCAGGGGGACCCGCAGCCCACCGUCCGCUGGAAGAAGGAUGAUGCAGACCUGCCAAGAGGAAGGUAUGACAUUAAAGAUGACUACACUUUGCGCAUCAAGAAGGCUAUGAGCACAGAUGAAGGCACCUACACAUGCAUUGCUGAGAAUCGAGUUGGAAAAGUGGAAGCAUCUGCUACCCUUACUGUGCGAGCUCGCCCCGUUGCUCCCCCACAGUUUGUGGUGAGACCACGAGAUCAGAUUGUAGCCCAGGGUCGAACGGUGACUUUUCCUUGUGAAACUAAAGGAAAUCCCCAGCCAGCUGUUUUUUGGCAAAAAGAAGGAAGCCAGAAUCUGCUCUUCCCAAACCAGCCUCUCCAACCCAACAGCAGAUACUCAGUAUCACCAACUGGAGACCUCACUAUUACCAACAUUCAACGGUCUGAUGCAGGCUACUACAUUUGUCAAGCACUGACAGUUGCUGGAAGCAUUUUAGCAAAGGCUCAGCUGGAGGUUACUGAUGUCUUGACAGAUAGACCUCCACCCAUCAUCCUCCAGGGGCCUGUCAAUCAGACAUUGGCAGUGGAUGGGACAGCUCUGCUGAAGUGCAAGGCUACUGGUGACCCGCUUCCUGUUAUCAGUUGGUUAAAAGAAGGCUUCACUUUUCUGGGCAGAGACCCUCGAACUUCCAUACAGGAUCAGGGAACCCUUCAGAUUAAAACUCUGCGGCUGUCUGAUACUGGAACUUACACUUGUGUUGCAACAAGUUCAAGUGGGGAAACAUCAUGGAGUGCUGUUCUGGAUGUGACAGAGUUGGGUGGAGCAACAGUUAGUAAAAGUUAUGACAUAAAUGACCUUCCUGGGCCACCAUCCAAACCUCAGGUCACUGAUGUAACUAAGAACAGUGUCACCCUGUCCUGGCAACCAGGGACCCCUGGAAGCCUACCAGCUAGUGCAUAUAUCAUUGAAGCUUUUAGUCAAUCUGUGAGCAACAGUUGGCAAACAGUGGCUAACCACGUGAAGACCACUCUCUACACUGUGAGAGGACUGCGUCCCAAUACAAUCUACCUGUUUAUGGUGAGAGCUAUCAAUUCACAAGGUCUGAGUGAUCCCAGCCCUAUGUCAGAUCCUGUCCGAACACAAGAUAUCAGUCCACCAGCACAAGGUGUGGAUCACAGGCAAGUCCAGAAGGAACUGGGAGACGUCAUUGUACGCCUGCAUAACCCCGUUGUGCUGACACCCACAACAGUUCAAGUUACCUGGACAGUUGACCGCCAAUCGCAGUUUAUUCAGGGCUACCGAGUAAUGUACCGCCAAACAUCUGGCCUACUGUCUCCAGCUGUAUGGCAGAAUUUGGAGGUCAAAGUCCCAACAGAGCGCAGUGCUGUUCUAGUCAACUUGAAAAAAGGAGUCACUUACGAAAUUAAAGUUCGCCCGUACUUCAAUGAGUUUCAAGGAAUGGACAGUGAAUCAAAGUCUGCUCGUACCACAGAGGAAGCUCCAAGUGCCCCUCCUCAGUCUGUUACUGUCCUGACAGUUGGAAACCACAACAGCACAAGCAUCAGCAUCUCCUGGGAUCCUCCCCCUCCAGAUCACCAAAAUGGAAUCAUCCAGGAAUACAAGAUCUGGUGUCUAGGUAAUGAGACUCGAUUUCAUAUCAACAAAACAGUAGAUGCAGCCAUUCGAUCUGUAGUAAUAGGUGGCCUGUAUCCAGGUAUUCAGUACCGUGUAGAAGUUGCUGCAAGCACCAGUGCAGGUGUGGGAGUGAAAAGUGAGCCACAACCGAUAAUAAUUGGAAGCCGUAACGAAGUUGUCAUCACUGAAAAUAACAACAGCAUAACUGAGCAAAUCACUGAUGUUGUCAAACAGCCUGCCUUUAUAGCUGGCAUCGGUGGUGCAUGUUGGGUAAUUCUGAUGGGUUUCAGCAUCUGGCUGUAUUGGCGCAGAAAGAAGAGGAAGGGGCUCAGUAAUUAUGCUGUCACGUUCCAAAGAGGAGAUGGAGGACUAAUGAGCAAUGGAAGUCGACCAGGUUUGUUGAAUGCAAGUGACCCCAGUUAUCCUUGGCUUGCAGACUCUUGGCCUGCCACAAGUCUGCCAGUUAACAACAGCUCUAGUGGACCAAAUGAUCUUGCCAAUUUCAGUCGUGGAGAUGUGUUGCCACCAGUGCCAGGGCAAGGAGAUAAAACUGCUACUAUGCUUUCUGAUGGAGCCAUUUACAGCAGCAUUGACUUCACGACAAAAACUAGUUACAACAGUUCCAGCCAAAUAACGCAAGCUACGCCAUAUGCCACCACCCAGAUCCUGCAUUCCAACAGCAUCCAUGAGUUGGCAGUCGACUUACCUGAUCCUCAGUGGAAAAGCUCAAUUCAGCAAAAAAAUGACCUGAUGGGAUUUGGCUACUCUCUACCAGAACAAGGCAAAGGCAACAAUGGUGGCAAAGGAGGGAAAAAGAAGAAAAGCAAAAAUACUGCCAAGCCUCAGAAAAAUAAUGGUUCAAACUGGGCCAGUGUUCCCCUCCCACCCCCUCCUGUGCAACCCCUCCCAGGCACAGAGCUGGAACACUACGGGGUAGAUCAACAAGAAGCAGGAUAUGACAGUGAUGGUUGGUGUCCACCCUUGCCUGUUCAGACCUACCUCCAUCAGGGCAUGGAGGAUGAGCUUGAAGAAGACGAUGAUCGUGUUCCCACACCUCCUGUGCGAGGAGUAGCUUCAUCGCCUGCGAUCUCCUUUGGGCAACAAUCAACUGCAACACUCACGCCUUCUCCACGAGAGGAGAUGCAGCCAAUGCUUCAAGCCCACCUUGAUGAAUUAACCAGGGCCUACCAGUUUGAUAUAGCAAAGCAGACAUGGCACAUCCAAAGCAAUACACAACCUCCUCAGGCACCAGUUCCACCCCUCGGAUAUGUAUCUGGAAACCUUAUUUCAGACUUGGAAACAGAUGUUCCAGACGAUGAUGAGGAUGAUAUCGAAGAAGAAACUCUAGAAAUCAAUAGGUCACUGAGAGGUCUAGAGCAUACUCCAGGCUCCAGUAUGGACAAUUUAGACAGCUCUGUGACAGGUUCAAUGGUAAAUGGAUGGGGUUCUGUGUCUGAUGAGGACCGUAACUUUUCUAGUCAUAGAUCUAGUGUAGGUAGCUCCUCAGAUGACUCGAUCUUUACCAGCGGCAGUUUUGCACAAGCACUGGUUGCAGCAGCAGAUAAAGCUGGUUUUAGGCUGGAUGGAACCAGCCUGACAAGAACAGGCAAAGCAUAUCCUUCCUCUCAGAGACCUCGGCCAAGCAGUCCUUUUUCUACUGACAGCAACACCAGUGCAGCUGUCACUCAGAGUCAGAGGCCGAGGCCCACUAAAAAACACAAGGGAGGCCGGUUGGACCAACCUCCCUUGCCUCAUCGUAGGGAGGGAAUAACAGACGAUCUUCCACCACCACCUGACCCACCACCUGGUCAGGGUUUAAGGCAGCAAAUAGGCCCGGGCCAGCGUGGAGGCUCGGCAGAGAGGAAAGGAAGCUCUCUUGAGAGGCAGCAUGCACCCAGCGUAGAUGACACAAAGAGCUCCCUGGACCGGCAAGCUAGGACAUCACUAGAGUGGCAGCGGCAAACCCAGGAGUGGAUAAGCUCUGCAGAACGCCAAGAGGAUUUCAGGAAAGCCCAACACAAGCAAGCAUUUGGAUCAGAAGAGGCGUUGGUACCAUAUAGUAAACCCAACUUUCCAUCCCCUGGCGGCCACAGCUCUUCAGGAACAGCUUCUUCUAAAGGAUCCACCGGACCUAGAAAAGAGUAGUUGAGAAGACACAUUGCAAGCUGCUCUGAUGGGCCAUCAGGGCUGAACUCAUGGAAGUGAUGACACUAAACAGUGCAAUGAACAUUUUCUUUAUUUAUGUACUAUUAAAAGAACUGUAAAUGCAAUGUAAAGACACACAGCCACAUAUCCCACAGAUACUUGUGUUCUUCUCUUUAUACACCAUCCACCUUAAAAUAUUCCUUGUCAGGAGUAUACAAAAAGAAAAAAAAAAAUCACCCUCCAGGAUGAAAAGAAUUUCCUUCUGUAUAUAAUUUCUUUUGUUGCAUUGCUAUGCAAGUUCACCUUCUUUUUAGCUAUGUUCAUAUUCAUGUCUGUUUUUAUUGGUCUGUUGUACUAUAUGUGAAUUAAUAGGCUGUGGUGCCAUAUAUUAACUUUUAAUUGUGUAACUUUUAUGUUUAAAGUUUGCACUGCAAUUUUAUUUGGUGAUAAGCACAAAACUCUACUCCUCAUGACAUGAAGAAAAAAAGAGACUGAAUGUGUGAAGAGGGUUUAUGUACUGUAAGCUACUUUGGAUAAUGCUGGAUGUAAAGGAGUAUGUUAGGUGGUUUUCCAUUGGGGUGUAGAAAUGAGAAAGUGACAGGCAAAAAUGAUGUCAGUAAAGACAUUAGAGACAGAUUUAAACCUUUUAAAAGCAGACAACAUAGUUGCUCUUCCUAUUUAAGAAGGGGUCAGAAGUUGGAAGUUUGAGUUUAAAGAGUGAGUAUGAAAAUUAACAGUAGCAUGAGAUGGCCUAGACCCUUUCACUAGAAUGAUUCCCUUACUAUCUGUUUUUAGCCAUCCAAUGCCAUUAAGUAAAAGUAAAGAAAAGCAAACCUUGCUACAAACAAAAGAAAUUAAGGUGUUUCACUAAAGCUGUUUUAUAUUGCAGUUUUGAAAGAAUUAUUAUCAUUAAUUUCUGCAACCCAAAAUGUAAGUCAGAAAUUUCCCAGAAGAAACAAACAGUAUAAACUCAAGGAAUACCUAGUGAGUAGUUAAGGAUGCAAUCUAUUAUUAAAACUUAUUCAGGCUGCUUCUGAAAAAAACUAAAUGUCAGAGUAUUUUAUUUCAUCUUUCCAAUACAUGUACAGUACAAUAGUAAAUAGAGCUGCACCACUGAAAUUCAUGACAUUAAUUGUUUUGAUGCAGUCUAGACAAACCUUUGUGUUUUGUUACCUGAAGUCUGUGAGAGCUGAAGCUGAUUUCACUAAAUUUUUAGUGUUUAGAAGACGUAACAGUCAAAUUAUUGUUUUAGGAAUAUUUUCUGCGAUGCAACACAUUCAAAAAGUUGGAUACAAGCAAAGAAAAUCCUUGAACUGUUUUUUUAGUGAGUGGCUUCACACCCUACUAUAAUGAGGAAAUAAUGCAUGUUUAUACUCUUUUUGAAUAAACCAAAGUCUGUAAGUGGACAUUAAUGACAACAUUCUGUCUCUUCAUUAGUUUUCAUUACUCUGUUCAAAUCUUCUGUACCUCUCAAAUCUCAAUGACUGAAUUGUCAAACUUUUCUUAGAAUGUUGUAUAUAGGUAUCACCCUCAUUUGCUUAAUUUAAAUUUUGCAUCCUAUAGCUUAUUUCUGUUAGUCUAUUUCUGACCAUGAACAUUUUUCCAUUUGAAUACCCUUUUCAUAUAAUCAGUCUAUGUUGUUUUAUAUAUUGCCUUGGAGCUCACCAGUAUUAAGGACACUUUUAGUAAUGGCAGAAUUUUAGAAGAGUAAAUUUCAAUGCUGAAUAUGUGUUGCUUUUCAUGUCAUUAACUCAUUCCAUGAUAAGAUAAAACACGACAACCAUCAGCUAUAACUCAGCACUAUCAAAUAUUAAAAAAAUCAUAGUUAACUUCCUUAAGGUCAAGACUGUUAUUUAGCAGGUUACGAAAAGAGUUGGGAGAAAUGAAUGCAUUUAUCUAUAUAACUGACCAAUGAGUAUAUGUAAUUUACCUGCUUGUUUAAUCACUAUAGUUAAAACCAUUAUUUAAAAAUGUGCAAAAUUGUUCAAGCAAGACAAAGAAGGCAUCAUACAUACACAUGUAUGUUUUCUUUACUUUGUUGUUAUCAUAUGAAGAGAAGAUUAUUCAGGGUACAAUUCAAAUUGAAUUCUCUGAAAAAAAGUGUUUAACUAGUCACCAAGGGAACAGUUCUCUUAAUUUGAAAGCUUGUGCUGAGCUUUGGUGGAACACCUUACUCACUAUAUCCUAUUUAAAAUUCAGUAUCAUUAGAAGUCGAUGAAGCCAUCCCAAUUACUUUCAAAUAUGUGUUUUAUCUCUUCUACUGGAAAGUAAAUGUGUGUCAGUAUUAAAGCUGUGCAGUACCAUGAUAUUCACUAACUUGUCCAUCUGCUUCUGUACAUUUUUGUUCAUUAAUAAUUUGCUUACAAUAUUACAUAAAGUGUUGUUGUGUAUCGCAAAGUGUCUCCAUUAUCUUACAGGUGAUGUCUCUUCUUUUUUUUUCUCUCUUUUCUAUACAGUGUACUUCCAAUGAACCACAGUACAUAUUUUUUAAAAUGCCAUUUAAUUUACUAUUUUAAAAGAAGAAUUCUUCUUUUUUUAAAAAAAUGGAAAACAUUUAUUGUGAAUAAUGUGUUUAAAGAAAAGGGAUGUUGUGGCAGCACUUAGAAUUGUUUUUUAAUUUGUUUUUUUUAAAAAAUAUUUAUUGGCUACAGUUUGUUCACGAAAAAGUAUGACCUCUUAAUGUGUUUCAUUGGUAUUGUUAGUGCAGCAAAGUUUAAUUGGCAUAAAAAGUUGGUUAAUAGUCCUGUUGAAGUGUGUAUUGUAUAUUUACUGGGGAAAAAAAAUAAAACAUACUCACAUUUCAAAUCUA